GACUCCACCCCGCCCAAAGAGUCUCCAGUUCACAUCAAUCAUUUCAUUUCAUUUGCGUUUUCCAUUCUACAACCUUUUUCAUUAGAUCAAUCCCGAACUUCACAGAUUUCUCAAUAUUCAUGGGAGAUGAAAGCAAUUGCAGCAUGAACAUGGAAGAAGAAGUUCAAGGCGUUGAAGAAAGAGAUCCAGAAAGCAACUCCAAUACCAAUAACACUCCCAAUCCAUUACACGAGCCACUUCUCAAGAGAAACAGAACUCUCUCUUCCAAUCCACUCGCUCUCGUUGGCGCCAAAGUUUCCUACAUAGAAAGCUUGGACUACGAGAUCAAUGAGAAUGAUCUGUUCAAGCAAGAUUGGAGAACAAGGUCAAGAGCUCAGGUGUUGCAGUACAUAUUCUUGAAAUGGUCGCUCGCGUUUCUUGUUGGUCUUCUCACCGGCGUCAUCGCCACUCUCAUCAAUCUUGCCAUUGAGAACAUUGCAGGAUACAAACUUCUUGCCGUCGUUCAGUACAUCCACAAAGAAAGGUACAUGGCAGGUUUUCUAUAUUUCACGGGUGUUAAUUUCCUAUUAACGUUCGUUGCUGCAAUUCUCUGUGUGUGUUUUGCACCAACAGCAGCUGGGCCUGGAAUACCAGAAAUCAAAGCUUAUCUUAAUGGUGUUGAUACUCCCAACAUGUACGGUGCCACAACAUUGUUUGUCAAGAUUAUUGGAAGCAUUGGAGCUGUUGCUGCAGGGCUAGAUUUAGGAAAAGAAGGGCCAUUGGUACAUAUUGGAAGCUGCAUUGCUUCCUUGUUAGGCCAAGGAGGCCCUGACAACUACCGGAUCAAGUGGCGGUGGCUGCGAUACUUUAACAACGACCGCGACCGCCGUGAUCUGAUUACCUGCGGCGCAUCUUCGGGUGUUUGUGCGGCUUUCAGGGCUCCUGUAGGCGGAGUCCUGUUUGCUCUUGAAGAGGUGGCAACUUGGUGGAGAAGUGCAUUGCUUUGGAGAACUUUCUUCAGCACUGCUGUGGUGGUGGUUAUUCUAAGAGCUUUCAUUGAACUGUGCCAUGAAGGGAAGUGUGGUCUUUUUGGUGAAGGAGGGCUUAUAAUGUUUGAUGUGAGCAAUGUUAGUGUGAGUUACCAUGUUAUGGAUAUUAUCCCUGUUGCCUUAAUUGGAGUCAUUGGAGGCGUUUUGGGAAGCCUUUAUAACCAUGUUCUCCACAAGGUCCUCAGGCUCUACAAUCUCAUUAAUCAGAAAGGGAAGAUUUAUAAGCUGCUACUGAGUCUUUCAGUAGCAUUGUUCACAUCAGCAUGCCAAUAUGGUCUGCCAUUCCUUGCCAAAUGCAGUCCUUGUGAUCCAUCGCUUCCAAAAUCCAUUUGCCCCACCAACGGAAGGUCUGGAAAUUACAAACAAUUCAACUGCCCAGACGGGCACUACAAUGAUCUUGCGACUCUGCUCCUGACCACCAACGACGACGCCGUUCGAAACAUAUUCUCUUCCAACACACCUAAUGAAUUCCAGCCAUCCUCUAUCCUAAUCUUCUUUGCACUCUAUUGCAUCUUAGGACUAGUCACCUUCGGCAUAGCCGUCCCCUCCGGCCUCUUCCUUCCCAUAAUUCUCAUGGGCUCCGGCUACGGCCGCCUUCUCGCCAUGCUCAUGGGGCCUCACACAAACAUUGAUCAUGGAUUGUUUGCCGUUCUCGGCGCAGCCUCGCUUAUGGCCGGUUCCAUGAGGAUGACUGUCUCACUCUGUGUCAUCUUUCUCGAAUUAACCAACAACCUUCUUUUACUCCCAAUCACCAUGUUUGUUCUCUUGAUAGCCAAAACAGUUGGGGACAGUUUCAACCCAAGCAUCUAUGAGAUCAUUUUGCACCUUAAAGGCCUCCCUUUCAUGGAUUCAAACCCGGAGCCAUGGAUGAGGAACCUAACAGUGGGAGAGCUUGUUGAUGUGAAGCCAGCAGUGGUUACUCUCCGAGGGGUAGAGAAAGUCUGCAACAUUGUUGAAGCGUUGAGGAACACAACUCAUAACGGUUUCCCUGUGGUGGAUGAUGGGGUGGUGCCGCCGACGAGGCUUGUAACGGAAGCAAGAGAACUGCAUGGAAUGAUCCUGAGAGCACAUCUGAUCCAAGUGCUGAAGAAGAGGUGGUUCUUGAAGGAGGCAAGGAGGAGAGAGGAAUGGGAGGUGAGGGAGAAGUUUACAUGGGUUGAGCUUGCAGAGAGAGAAGGGAAGAUUGAAGAGGUGGCUAUAACAAGAGAUGAAAUGGAGAUGUAUGUUGAUCUUCAUCCUCUUACUAACACAACUCCUUUUACGGUUUUGGAGAGUAUGUCAGUUGCCAAAGCCAUGGUUCUCUUCAGGCAAGUUGGACUACGACAUCUUCUUGUUGUACCCAAGUAUCAAGCAUCCGGGGUAUCUCCUGUAAUUGGAAUAUUGACAAGGCAGGAUCUACUAGCACACAAUAUAUUGUCAGUGUUUCCUCAUCUUGCAAAAUCAAAAAAGAGGAACUGAAUCAAGUUCUAAUUUGCCUUAAUCAUUGAAAUUCCAUUAUCCCAAGCAGCUUCUCUGUGGGGCAAGUCUCAUUUUUCUAUCACACAAUAAGUUAUUUUUUUGUUAAUUUUUAUGAGUUUGUAUACCUUUGUAUCAUUACUUGAGAUUUUUUACAGUUAUUCAAAGAUGGGUAAGUUACAACAGGCAUGUAAAACCAUAUUCAAUUUUUGCUAUUCUUUCCAUAUAUAUAAUUUGUAUCAAUA